UCACGCCUUUUCCGAUUCUCUACAUAAGCCCCCCACACUCUCUCUCUCUGCAUAAAAUUCGUCAGCAACACUCUAGAGCGAGAAAGAGAGACUGAUAUGGCAGACGAAGCAAAGGCCAAAGGCAACGCGGCCUUCGCCGCCGGAAACUUCACGGAGGCGGUCGACCACUUCACGGGGGCGAUCAGCCUCGCUCCGGACAACCACGUCCUCUACUCCAACCGAUCCGCCGCCUACGCCUCCCUCAACCAGUUCUCCUUGGCCUUGUCCGAUGCCCUAAGCACCGUCGGUAUCAAGCCUGACUGGUCCAAGGCCUACUCUCGCCUUGGCGCUGCCCACUUGGGACUCCGCAACUACAACGAAGCCAUCUCUGCCUACAAGAAGGGCCUCGAAAUCGACCCCAACAACGAAGCCCUCAAGUACGGCCUCGCAGACGCCGAGUCCGCCGCCGAGUCCGCAGCCCGAUCUCGCGCUGCGCCGCGGCCACCAGCUUCUCCCUUCGGAGACACGUUUUCUGGCCCUGAGAUGUGGGCCAAGCUCACUGCCGAUUCGACCACGAGAGCGUAUCUGCAAGAGCCUGAUUUCGUGAAAAUGAUUCAGGAGAUUGAGAAAAACCCUAGCAUGUUGAAUCUGUAUUUGAAGGAUCAGAGGAUUUUGCAAGCUCUAGGUGUUUUGUUGAAUGUGAAGAUGAGGACGCCGAACUCGGCUGAAGAUGCAGAUGUUCCUAAUGCGCAGGAGAGGAAGAGGCCAGCUGAGGCGGAGCCGCCGAAGGGGAAGGAGCCUGUGGAAGUACCGGAGGAGGGAGAGAAAGAAGGUAGAGAGAGGAAGGCACAGGCGCAGAAGGAGAAGGAGGCUGGUAAUGCGGCUUACAAGAAGAAGGAUUUUGAUACGGCAAUUGAGCGAUACACGAAGGCGAUUGAAUUGGAUGAUGAAGAUAUUUCGUUCCUCACGAAUCGCGCAGCUGUGUACUUGGAGAUGGGCAAGUAUGAUGAAUGCAUUAAGGAUUGUGAUGAAGCUGUUGAAAGGGGAAGGGAGCUUAGGUUGGACUAUAAGAUGGUUGCAAGGGCCUUGACAAGAAAAGGAACUGCAAUAGUGAAAAUGGCGAAGUGUUCAAAGGACUAUGAACCUGCUAUUGAAAUGUUUCAGAAAGCUCUUACAGAGCAUCGCAACCCAGACACAUUGAAAAGGCUCAAUGAUGCUGAAAAAGCAAAGAAAGAACUGGAGCAGCAAGAGUAUUUUGAUCCAAAAUUGGCUGAUGAGGAGCGUGAGAAAGGUAAUGAGUAUUUUAAAGAGCAAAAGUAUCCAGAGGCUAUUAAACAUUAUACGGAAGCCCUAAAGAGGAAUCCCAACGACCCAAAGGCAUAUAGUAACAGGGCUGCAUGCUACACAAAACUUGGGGCAAUGCCUGAGGGACUGAAGGAUGCAGAGAAGUGCAUUGAGCUUGAUCCAACUUUUGCCAAGGGGUAUAGUAGAAAAGGUGCGGUCCAGUUUUUCAUGAAAGAGUAUGAUAAAGCUUUGGAAACAUACCAACAAGGGUUGAAGCUUGAGCCUCAGAACCCAGAGUUGCUAGAUGGUAUAAAGAGAUGCGUGCAACAAAUUAACAAGGCUAGCCGGGGGGAUCUAAGCCCUGAGGAACUUAAGGAGAGACAGGAAAAGGGGAUGCAGGAUCCAGAAAUUCAGAACAUCCUCACAGAUCCUGUUAUGAGACAGGUGUUGAGCGACUUCCAGGAAAAUCCAAAGUCUGCUCAGGAGCAUAUGAAGAACCCGCAAGUGAUGAGCAAGAUUCAGAAACUGAUCAGUGCAGGGAUUGUCCAGAUUAAAUGAAUAUGAAUGGAGAGUUACAUACAGUAACAUAGACAAAGCAUUUAACAUCUGUUAAUUGUUUUUACCUUGUGUGUAUUUUUUGUGGAUCAAGUGGUAGAAACGUAUUGCAUUGGAUAAAUAUCUCAAUGUUGAUGAUUUUGAUAUAGUUGUCUGGAGAACUCUUCGGUUGCUUUCACACUCUUUUAAGUCUUGUUUUGAUUUGAUAUGAAAAGAGAUGCCAACUUUGUUUAA